AGUAUUGCAAAAUGUCCGGCGUGGCAUCUACACUUGCUAAAAAGAGGGCACUGGCCGCGGGCUUCGGUACGAAUACCAACUCCGUGAAGUACCUAAACCAGGACUUUGAGGUGCUGCGGAGUCAGUGUCUGAGUAACGGACAACUUUUCUGCGAUCCUACUUUUCCUGCCGCACCUGAGUCUUUGGGUUUCAACGAGCUCGGUCCGAGAUCCUUCAAAACCAGAGGAGUGGAGUGGAAAAGGCCAGGCGAACUGACUUCUAAUCCUGAGUUUAUCAUUGGUGGGGCUGCAAGAACUGAUAUCUGCCAAGGAGCUUUAGGUGACUGCUGGCUCUUAGCAGCCAUAGCCUCUCUCACCCUGAAUGAGGAUGUCCUUGCCAGAGUGGUUCCAUCGGGCCAAGGCUUCGGUGAUGAUUAUGCUGGUAUCUUUCACUUCCAGUUCUGGCAGUUUGGGGAAUGGGUGGAUGUUGUGGUAGAUGAUCGCCUACCCACCAGAGAUGGAGAGUUACUCUUUGUUCACUCAGAAACAGGCUCAGAGUAUUGGAGUGCCUUGCUGGAGAAGGCCUAUGCUAAGGUGAAUGGUUGCUAUGAGGCCCUGUCUGGAGGCUCCACCACAGAGGGUUUUGAGGACUUCACAGGUGGUAUAGCAGAGAUGUAUGAGCUUAGGGCAGCUCCACCCAACAUGUUCCAGAUCAUCAGAAAAGCUCUGGAGUCUGGAGCUCUGCUGGGCUGCUCUAUCGAUAUAACCAGUGCAGCUGACUCUGAAGCUAUUACCUAUCAGAAGUUGGUAAAGGGACACGCCUACUCUCUGACUGGAGCCACUGAGGUGAACUAUCGUGGGCGUAAGGAGAAACUGGUGAGAGUUCGUAACCCAUGGGGUCAGGUGGAGUGGACCGGAGCUUGGAGUGACAACUCCUCCGAAUGGAACAAUGUGGAUGAUUCAGACCGUGAACUCGUGAAAGCAGAGGAUGGAGAGUUCUGGAUGUCAUUCACGGACUUCAAGAGACAUUACUCUCGAAUAGAAAUUUGCACUUUGACCCCUGACACUUUGACGUCUGACUCGGUGAAGCACUGGAGUGUGUGUAAAUUUGACGGAAGCUGGAGGAGAGGCUCCACAGCAGGAGGCUGCAGGAACCAUCCACACACCUUCUGGAUGAAUCCUCAGUUUAAGAUCAGGCUGGAGGAAGAGGAUGAUGAUCCUGAUGAUAAUGAGGUUGGCUGCAGUGUGGUGGUUGGUCUAAUCCAGAAGAACCGGCGCAAGCUGAGGAAAGCAGGAGAGGACAUGCACACUAUUGGCUAUGCCAUCUAUGAGGUUCCUUCCCAGUUCCAUGGGCAGAGGGAGGUUCAUCUGGAUAAGAACUAUUUCUUGACCCAUGCUCAGAAAGCCCGCUCUGAGACCUUCAUCAACCUGCGGGAGGUCAGCACCCGCUUCAAACUCCCGCCUGGGGAAUACCUGAUUGUGCCCUCCACCUUCGAGCCACACAAGAAUGGAGACUUCUCCGUGCGUGUGUUCUCUGAGAAGCAGUCUGAGAUGCAAAUAUGUGAUGAUCCAGUGGAGGCAGACCUGGAGGAUGACACUGUUUCAGAGGAGGAAGUUGAUGCUGGAUUUAGAGGCUUAUUCACAAAGCUGGCAGGACCUGACAUGGAGAUCUCUGCAACUGAGUUGAGAACCAUUUUCAACAAAAUAGUUGCUAAACGGACAGACAUUAAAACUGAUGGCUUCAGUCUGGACACUUGCAGAAUUAUGGUUAACCUUAUGGAUGACAGCGGAAACGGCAAGCUUGGUAUGGGUGAAUUUGCUACACUUUGGAAGAAAGUCCAGAAAUAUCUUGCCAUUUAUAAGAAGAAUGAUACAGAUGGGUCUGGUUGUAUGAGUACACCAGAGAUGCGUUUGGCCUUGAAGGAAGCAGGUUUCACUCUGAACAACAGCAUUCACCAGAUUCUGGUGGCGAGAUACGGAGAGUCAGACAUGACCAUCGAUUUUGAUAACUUUGUAGCCUGCCUUACACGCCUGGAGAUGAUGUUCAAAGUUUUCAAGAAGAUUGAUGUUGAUCAGGGCGGUUUCAUUGAACUAGACUUCACUCAGUGGUUGACCUUCGCCAUGAUCUAGAAGUCUCCAUUCAAGAUUUAAAAGGUUUUCUAUAUGUUUUACUCACAUAUACAGUACAUUAAGUAUUCCAAAGACUGGGUCUCAGACAAGACUUAGGUCUAUCACAGUUUUAACUUUCAUCUUAAAUGCAGUAGGGGUUUUCAUCUCUCUGUGGGAAACCAGCAUUACGUUUCAUGUCUUAUGCU